UUUCCUCGAAAGACAAACAAGAUCUGGAAUGUGUCCCACAAGACGAGACGCAGAGAAGGAAGUGGGCAUUCAUGCACGCAGCGAGAUCUGGCGAGCGCUGCACAAGGCCAGUAGAAGCCUUGAGUGCCACACCAGUGGCGGACUAGCGAAAGUUGCAGACAUCAUGCUGAUAAUCUCAGUACUAGUGGCCGCCAUAGUUAUUACGUCGUCGAGAAUUCCUGUCGCUUCUGAAGUCUGCUCCAAAGGUGCCGCGCAGGAUGUGACUUUUUCCAUCAACGGUAGACGCAACGUCACUGGUCAUUGGAUAAUUAAGCUUUGCCUGCCUGCCUGCACAGUGGCGCCGCCGCCGGCGCGGCCGGGCUACGAACUGAACGCGGCGCUGGGCAGCCGCUACAAGCUGCACCUCCGGCCGCAGACUUGGGUGGAGGCGCUGGGGUCGUGCGAGGCGGAGGGAGCGCACCUGGCGGUGGUGAACGGCGAAGCCGAGGCGGCCAUGCUGCGAGCGUUGUUCGCCCGCCACCCGGUCAUCAACGACACCACGUGGGCCGGAGCCGCUUGGGUGGGCUUCCAUGACCGCCACACCGAGGGAGAGUACCUCACCGUGCUGGGCGGACGGGUAGAUGAAAGUGGUUACAAUAAAUGGAUCGCUUCACAACCUGACAACAAAGAUUACAAGAUGCCACCCGAUGUGGAUUCCGAUUGCGGUGGAAUUCACCGAAACGCUCUGUUGGACGACUUGCCUUGCUCCGCUCGGUACGUCUUCAUCUGCGAACAAGAGCUCUGGUGAAGGGAUACACGGUCACAGGGAGAAGACAGAAAUUCUACACACUCUUUGUUCUUUAUUUUAAGGGAAUGGUAAGCGAAAAUGUGUUCGUAGUAUGUUAUGUCAUUGAAAUGAAUAUGUACAUUCUAUUUUUAAAUCUGUCAUACUUUUAGGGUUACCCUUUAGACAGGUAGGACAUGUAAUAAAAUCAAAAUAAGAUUGGAAAUGUAAUUAACAUUGAAUAUUUUUCUUUAAUACAAAAAUGAGUUAUUUUGAAAACUA